GCCGACCCAUAAACUUCACCAGGAUAUUCGAAUGUUCAGCUUUGUCUGGGUACUGAGGUGAGAGUGAAUCAAGAAGAAGUUCCUGCAGUCCCCACAGCUGCCGCCUCUGUUUCUGAUUCCCAUCUUCUACGGCACUGCGUUUGAUACUUCAAUUAGGUCAUGGCAUCUUUAGUUGGACAACUUGUUUGCCUUUCUGAUUUUGGUCACAAAGUAUGGGAAGAUCAAUCCUUUUUUAAGUGGAGGAAGAGAGAUGCUCAUGUUUCGUUGCACUGUCAUGAUACAGUUGAAGGUUCCCUUAGAUACUGGUAUGAACGCAACAAAGUGGAUUAUUUGGUAUCUAGUUCGGCAGUUUGGAAUGAUGAUGCUGUUUCUGGAGCCCUUGACUGUGCUGCUUUCUGGGUCAAGGGAUUGCCUUUUGUCAAGUCUUUAUCUGGAUAUUGGAAAUUUUUUUUGGCUCCUAGCCCUACAAGCGUUCCUGUGAAUUUCUAUGACUCUGGGUUUCAAGAUUUUGUGUGGGAAACAUUACUAGUACCUUCCAACUGGCAGAUGCAUGGAUUUGAUCAGCCUAUUUACACAAAUGUUGUGUAUCCUUUCCCACUUGAUCCGCCUCAUAUUCCUAAGGACAAUCCUACUGGCUGCUACAGAACAUACUUCGAAAUACCCAAAGAAUGGAAAGGCAGGAAGAUAUUUUUGCACUUUGAAGCAGUUGAUUCCGCUUUCUAUGCAUGGAUAAAUGGGAACCCAGUUGGGUAUAGUCAGGAUAGUAGAUUACCAGCUGAGUUUGAAAUCACCGACUUCUGUCAUCCAUUUGGUUUGGGUGAGAAGAAUGUUCUAGCUGUUCAAGUAUUUAGAUGGAGUGAUGGUUCCUACCUUGAAGAUCAAGAUCAUUGGUGGUUAUCUGGCAUUCAUCGUGAUGUGCUUCUUCUAGCGAAGCCACAGGUAUUCAUUGCGGACUAUUUCUUCAAAUCAAGCUUGUGUGAGAAUUUUUCAUAUGCGGACAUACAGGUUGAAGUGAAAAUUGAUCACUCACGGGAAAUAUCUAAAGACAACAUCCUUGCCAACUUCACUAUUGAAGCUGCAGUAUAUGACACUGGGAAAUGGUAUGACUCUGAUGAAUAUGAUCUACUUUCAUCAAAGGUGGCUCAAAUGGAUUUCAUUCCACCCUCUAGUUCAAGUCUAGGAUUCCAUGGCUAUGUACUUGGGGGGAAACUGGAAAAGCCCAAGCUUUGGUCAGCAGAGAACCCGAACUUAUACACUCUUGUUGUCAUCCUCAAAGAUGCAUCUGGCCAUGUAGUCGACUGUGAAUCUUGCCAAGUUGGUGUACGGCAAAUAUGGAAUGCCCCAAAACAGUUACUUGUUAAUGGCCAUCCGGUGAUAAUAAGAGGUGUCAACAGACAUGAACAUCAUCCACGUCUAGGGAAGACAAACUUGGAGUCCUGCAUGGUUAAGGAUUUGGUUUUAAUGAAGCAACACAAUAUCAAUGCUGUAAGGAACAGUCAUUAUCCACAACAUCCCCGAUGGUAUGAGCUGUGUGAUUUGUUUGGCAUGUACAUGAUUGAUGAAGCCAACAUUGAGACACAUGGAUUUGAUCUUUCUGGACAUGCAAAGCAUCCUACUUCAGAACCUAGCUGGGCUUUAUCUAUGAUGGACCGCGUGAUAGGAAUGGUAGAGAGGGACAAAAAUCAUGCGUGCAUUAUUUUUUGGUCCUUGGGUAACGAAUCUGGAUAUGGACCUAACCAUUCUGCAUUAGCUGGCUGGAUCCGGGGAAGGGACCCAUCAAGGUUAUUACACUACGAAGGAGGUGGAUCUAGAACCUCAUCAACAGAUGUUGUAUGCCCCAUGUAUAUGCGUGUUUGGGACAUGCUGAGAAUUGCUAAUGAUCCAACUGAAACACGGCCUCUGAUAUUGUGCGAGUAUUCACAUUCUAUGGGAAACAGUAAUGGGAAUAUUCUUGAAUAUUGGGAAGCAAUUGAUAGCACUUUUGGUCUCCAAGGGGGCUUUAUUUGGGAGUGGGUCGAUCAGGCAUUACUAAAGACAGGUGCAGAUGGCUGCAAACAUUGGGCGUAUGGAGGUGAUUUUGGUGAUACCCCUAAUGAUUUGAACUUUUGUUUGAAUGGUCUUGUGUGGCCAGAUCGAACUCUUCAUCCUGCAUUUCAAGAAGUUAAGUUUGUCUAUCAACCAAUUAAGGUUUCACUUGGGAAAAGUACACUUCAGAUAAAGAACACUCAUUUUUUUGAAACAACUGAAGCACUGGAAUUUAGUUGGGCUGCUCAUGGGGAUGGGUGCAAAAUUGGUUCUGGAAUCCUCUCUCUCCCACCAAUAGAACCCCAAAGUAGUUUUAAUAUAGAAUGGGAAUCUGGUCCAUGGUAUUCCUUAUGGGCUUCUUCUUCUGCGGUGGAAAUUUUUUUGACAAUAACUGCAAAACUCCUGCAUUCUACACGCUGGGUUGAAGCUGGUCAUGUCAUUUCGUCUACACAAGUGCAACUGCCGGCCAAAAGAGAAUUUGUUCCUCAUGUCAUCAAAACUAAAGACUCUACCCUCCUCAGUGAAGUUCAUGGGGAUAAGAUUAGGGUCAGCCAGCAGAACUUUUGGGAGAUGGAACUAAACACUCAAACAGGAUCCAUUGAGUUCUGGAAGGUUGAAGGAGUACCUGUGGUGAAUAAAGGGAUAUUCCCAUGUUUUUGGCGAGCACCAACAGAUAAUGACAAAGGGGGAGGUGCAAAUAGCUAUUUAUCUAAAUGGAAAGCUUCCCUUCUUGAUAACCUGUUCUUUUUUACAGAAAGCGUUUCCAUACAGCAUAUGGAAGGCCAUCUUGUGAAAAUAGCUAUUCUCUAUGUUGGUGUCCCAAAGGGCAAGGAAAAUUCACUUCCCCAGUUGGAGAAAGCACAUAUUUUAUUCAAGGUUGAUAUGACUUACACGAUCUAUGCUUCUGGAGACGUCAUUUUGGAAUGCAAUGUUGCACCAAGUUCUAAUCUUCCGCCUCUGCCACGCAUUGGGGUUGAAUUCCAUUUGGACAAAUCAAUGAAUCAAAUCAAAUGGUACGGUAAAGGGCCAUUUGAAUGUUAUCCAGAUCGGAAAGCGUCUGCCCAUGUGGGGGUGUAUGAGCAGAAUGUGGGUGACAUGCACGUGCCUUAUAUUGUUCCUGGGGAAUGUGCCGGUAGAGCAGAUGUUAGAUGGGUAGCAUUUCAAAACAAUGAUGGUCUUGGAAUAUUUGCCUCCAUAUAUGGCAGCUCUCCACCAAUGCAAAUGAGUGCAAGUUACUACACCACAGCAGAACUUGACCGGGCAACACAUAAUGAAGAGCUUAUUAAAGGAGAGGACAUUGAGGUGCAUCUUGACCACAAGCACAUGGGUUUGGGUGGAGAUGAUAGCUGGUCUCCUUGUGUUCAUGACAAGUAUCUGAUUCCUGCUGUGCCAUACUCAUUCUCUAUAAGGUUGUGUCCAGUGACUGCAGCCACCUCUUGCCAUGACAUAUACAAGUGCCAACUACAGAAUUAAUAGCUUUAUCAGGUACUUGGAUGACUAGAAUGUACGAAAACAACUUCUUGAAAUGCAAAGAGGCAUUAACUGUAAUAUUUUCCUAUGGAACUUGUUAUCUAUGGAGGUUUACAACUCCUUCCGCUAGAAACCUCCUCAAAUAAUCCGUUGCUGAUCAGGAAAAAACAUGAAUAAAACCUUUCAACUAAUUGAAUCUGUUUUGUUCAACUGCA